AUGUUCAGAGAACUAGGUGUGGACAUCUCGGAAAAAGCGUUCUUCUCUCGUAAGGCUACAGUAUCGCUAUCCUCCUUCAAUAUGAAGAUUGUCGGCUCAUAUUUGGAGAGAGAAACUUUUGAAGAUGAGCUUGCUGUACGGGAGCAAGUGCGAGGAGCACUGCACGGCAUGAUCACGGUGCAGAAAUUAGCCCAUCGCAUCGCUGAAGCUGUGAAGAGGAAGGAAGAUGCUUGCGCACCAAGCACUUUGUUGGAGCAGUCUGUCGAAUACCUGACCAGCUUUUUCACGUUUCGCAAAAAGUCUUCAUGUGUUUCAUUUAUUGAAUCACAAACCGUAUCUAUCGUCUCGGAGAUCUCGCUUCUUGAUGUCUUCUCUGAUGUUCUAUCCAACUCCUUAUUUGGCGUGCUAGGAAAUCUUGGUCGCCAUACAAAUCGCUUUUUCCGCGAGUUUUUCGACGGUGUACCUAUCCCUGUCAUGCUUCUUAUGGCAAUCAUUCUAAUAUUUUCAACUGUGCGAAUCAAAACUCCGUUGUUUACUUUCGAGCCUCUACUUCUCACAAGCUUGCGACAUGCCACCAGUUCAAUGAUUCAGUACAUAGACGGUCCAAGUCGUGGUACUCGAGCAACCGCGGUGGAAGCUCAUAGACCUUUCAUUCAAGGAGACGAAGACAUGCAGGCUCUAGAUAACCACGCAAUCAACAGGUAAGG